AUGAUGCCGGAAAUUGGCAACGAUUCAAAGUCAGACACAUCGGCCAUAUUCGAACGCAACGUUCAGCCUCUCACAGGCUGCCCCCCGCAAACAUGCCCGCCCCACUGGAUUUCUGACAACUACACCUGUCCCAUUCUGGACUCCACCGUCGAACUUCUCAGCGACCAGUCCAGUCUCGAGACCACGGAGAUUGUCGAAUACCCGCACUCCGUGAACCUCCCCUCCUGUCGCAAGUGUUCCAGGACCAGCAUUUCGGAGCAGACGCUCUCGGAUUUCCCAUCGCAACUACAUCUCACGCAGUCUCUUCGCUUUUACUCCUUCUCUGACCUCGUGGAGUAUGAGCUCCAGAAUCAGAGCGAGGAGCGGGUCUGCUCCGCCACGACACUGCUCAUGACAAGACAGAGACAGCUCUCGGAAACGUCGUUCUAUAUAGCAUGCUGA